AUGGCAUUCAACAGAGAUCUAAAGCUCAAAAAACCGAACGUUGAAGAUUACAGUUGUUCUCUCGAAGAGGCUUUCAACAAUGGAAAUAAUGAAACUAGGGAGCGCUACCGAGCCAUGCUCUUGAUGUAUCAGAACCAAUUGGAAUCCAUCACAGCCAAGCAUGAUGAAGAGCGUGAAGUCUAUCGCGUGCGAGGUAAAUUAGAGUUACUCAAGGAACUCUUCAAGAAGGACGCAAGGAGGAAGGAGAAGAAUAAACUAAAGACUGAACUUGUGCUCGCAAAGGAGAAGAUGGAUGGGGUCAAGAUUCCUUACGUUGAUUGGUUCAAGAUGGACGUUAUAGGUCAAAUAGUUGGGGUCAGCCAUUUAGAGAUUGUUUCUUUCAAUGAAAAAGACACUGAGAAGAUAACACUGGAGCUCCAGAAUCAGCUUUCUGAUCGCCUCACUGUUCAUCUGUUGGGUAAAUAUGCUAUAUUUGUUCAUGAUGCUACUCAAAACGUCAUCCAGGAGAAGUCUAUUAUAUGCGUUAUUCGAUUUGGCAAAAUCGGUUUGUUCAAAGAUAGUGUAUCUACCGCAUACGGAUUUACUGACGUUUCCCUCAAUCCAGGAAUGCGGGAGAGGUAUAUUGUUAUGUGUACAAUUGCUGCCAUUGAUUAUGAUAUGGGAUGGUACUAUCUGAGUUGCAAAAUCUGUUGGAAAAGAGUAUUGUUAGUCCCUAGCGAUCAUAUGGUUUAUGGAAUUCAAAAGUCCCAAAUCAAGAAAAAGUACUAUUGCGCCAACUGUAAUAACUAUCGGCCUCAACUUCUGCCAAGGUACAAUUUACAAUUGGCCGUCCUUGACAAUACUGGCCACGCAAAGUUCCUUCUGCUAGACAACCUUGCAGAAGAAUUAUUUGGGAUUUCCUGCGGGGUGUUAUACGGUUCAUCGGCUGACCAGAUUGAGGAUCCCGUUGUCGUCCAUUCUGUUCUCUCUAAAUUAAUUGGCGGAACCUAUUUCUGCAAGAUUGUUAUAGAGGAGCAAAAUUUCCUGUUCAACUGCCAAACGUUCAAAGUCCUGGAGAUUAUUCCAACUUACGAGUUUUAG